AUGGGAUACGUCUCUGACUGUUUCCGCGAGCUUGGGAAGUCCAAUAUUCUUAGCGUGCAGCUCUCCAAUGCUUUGAUGGGCAUCAGUGCGGGUGUAGAGGUGCCUCUCAUCACGAUGGUGGGCCGUAAGCUUGCGUACAAUGAAAACGCCAUCGCUGGCUACGUCACGCUAACUGCCGUUUGCCGUGUGCUUGUAGACAUUCCUAGUGGAAUGCUUACAGAGUGCUUUGAUAUGUGGCGGAUCAUGUUGUGGGCUGCUUUUUCUCAGUUUAUUGGUUGUGCCAUUGCGCUGGCACUGAAACCAGGCCCCUUUCCGCUUACUGUCUUCAGUGUCUUGGACGGCCUCUCCGUUGGGACCUACUUUCUGGCGCGCCACAUCUAUGUAAGCUGUAAAGCGAAGCGCGAGCACCGUGGCAUGGUCUUUUCUUUCCUUGCGGGCGUACUGCGCUGGUCACACGUGGUGGGGCCAAUGAUGCUUGGUGCCGCAGCCACUGUGUGGGACGAGGAGCAGUAUUACUUUAUUGUGCCUCUCUUCACCGCCCUUUUGGCCUGGUUAUGCAUUCUAUUAGACGGGUACUUUUGUUGGUCAGAGGCCAGAGGCGACGUCCAUCUGCAGCGAACCGCGAAGGACGGUGUAGCGGUUGAGGAAGCAAGGCAGCUUCUGCCUGUUGCAAACGAGACAACCGCGGUAAGCAUGAAAACAUCAUGUUGUGGAGAGCCGUCCAUGGCGCUCUCAUACGCAGGGAGCGCUGUUGCGUGUGGUAAAAAUUGUGACCGUAGUGGUGGUAGCUAUUCUACGCUCAACCCUGCACCAGCUCUGCCGGAAGCUGGCUGGAGUGAAUCCAACACACACGGUGAUUUUGGGGUGUUUGCUGUGUGCAACGUUGUCGUGGAGUACUGGUCCACAAUCUGGCGAGUUGGUGGCUAUAUUCUCCUUUAUGUUUCACUUCGGGCGAACCGGAAGCUACUGCUGACGUUUGCCGCGAUGCGCAUGAACUUUGCCAACUCCGAGCUUGCGUUUUUGCUUUCCUUUAGCUUUGCCUUUGACGCCGUUCUUUUUCCGCUGGGUGGGUUGCUAAUGGACGUCUACGGCCGUCGCUGGUCCAUGAUCUCAGCUGUCCUCGGCAUGGGCAUUACCUUCAUGCUGUUGCCUCUGUCACAUGCCCCGUCGUGGUUGUACGUCAUGUCAGCUACUUUCGGGUCCGUCGAUGCCCUUGGCUGUGGUCUCCUUCUCACGCUUAUUGCGGAUUGUGCGCCAAAGAAACUUGGCGGGACGUUCUUUGGUGUGAUGCGCACCGUACAAGACAUGGGUCACGUGCUGGGGGCCAUGGUGGUGUCCGUAAUUAUCAACCAGGUAGACUUUGUCGUUUGCUGCUACAUUUGGGGGGCGGUAAGUGUUGUGGCCGCGUUGUGGGCGUGGUUCAUUUCUCCAGUGAAGAUUAAUUGA